AUGGAAAGAGGACACAGCAUCGGUUCAACAGCCUCCUCCUCGGACGACUCAACCUCGCUCGACAGAGGCAGUGUUACCUCCGGCAUCCCAUCCUCCUUUGCAUCGGCCCAUCAUCAACACCAGUCCAGCAACGACUCCAACUCUUCCCCAUCUACUCCCGGAGGUGGAACACUCGGUCGCAACUCGACUUCUUCCGACCGCGACUCCCACCGUGACUCCAUCUCUCUCAGGCCCACCUUUAUGCAAAAGUUCCGUCCAGCAGUGGCGACAAAGUUCAUGCAACAGAUCCUUCAGACACACCUCCAACACAAGGUCUACAAUGCCGACGAAGCACAACGGAUGUCUAAACUUAUCGCAGAGGAAGUCAAGGCCAAACUCAUCGAAUUGGACUUGGGACGGUACAAGUAUGUGGUCAAUGUGGUUCUGGGCGAGAACUUGGGCGAAGGCGCAAGGAUGGACGCUCGAUGCUAUUGGGACCAGGAAUCCGACGGCUCUGCACAAGCAUUCUUCACCAACGACACGUUGUGGUGUGCUGCUGUUGCGUUUGCAGUCUUCUACUACUAG